GCUAAUAUUAAUCUGCACAGUUCUGCAGUGGAAAGCCCGUGUCGCCUGUAUUCCUGAACCGUCCCGGAGACUACUAGGGUUACCUGCCCUGAAAGCUGUACAGACCCGAGCCGCGCCAAUCGCGUGCCACUGUUUCGUGUCAACAGAGUCUAUUUGCAUUGCUGGGGAGGAGACUCGUUAGCCAAAUAGCCCACAUGAUUGGCUCAGCAUGAGUUGAUACCCGAUCUGUCGGCUAUUUGGAGGCCCGUUUUGCAAGCAGAAUAGAAGUUGACAAGGGGUGGCAGUUGGGUUGGAGUCUGCUGGUCUGGAGGAGGAAAUGCUUUUCUUUCCCCGCUGAGUCAACCUUGUAAAGUUGCCGGGAAUGUCAUCCCGCUGAAUCGCACAGCUUCGCCGCGCUUGGAGUGACCGUAGUCCCGUUUUGUGGUGUUCCAACCGUACCAAGGGAAGCCAAGUCUGCUGGUGCUGCUGACAAAAAGACGAACAAACAUGACGACCAGCGUUGUUUACUCUCUACUGACGUGCAGCUUGGUGGUAAUGCUUAUGUGGGAGCGGACGGACUCCGCUGGCUAUACUAGCGGCCAGUACAGCUGCGAUCCUAUUCGAAUCGUGAUGUGUAACGAUCUGGGCUACAACGUUACACGGAUGCCCAAUCUGGUCGGGCACGACAUGCAGCAAGACGCCGAGCUUCAACUGCAAACCUUCACGCCUCUCAUCCAAUAUGGCUGCUCCUCACAGCUCCAGUUCUUCCUCUGCUCGGUUUACGUGCCCAUGUGUACAGAGAAGGUUCCAAUCCCCAUAGGACCGUGCCAAAGCAUGUGCCUGUCUGUGAAAAAACGCUGUGAACCCGUCCUGACGGAGUUUGGCUUUCCCUGGCCGCCAACUCUAAACUGUUCCAAGUUUCCGCUCCAAAACGACCACAACACCAUGUGUAUGGAAGGGCCCGGGGACGAAGAAGUCAAUCUGGCGGACGGGAGCGGGAACGAGCGGCGGGGCGGUGGCCUCACCACGCCAGACGGCCAUGGCGAUGGGCUCCACGCGGAAAGCUGUGGCGGGCCAAACGACGACAGUUACAUGUACGUCAAGAGAACGGACUCGUGUGCACUCAAGUGUGGAGUGGAGUAUGGCAACUUCACCCCGGAGGAGAAGCGGUUCGCCGAUAUCUGGAUGGCCGUCUGGGCUGGCCUGUGUUUCCUGUCCACCAUGUUUACGGUCCUAACGUUCCUGAUAGACACUGCGCGCUUCCGCUACCCUGAAAGACCCAUCAUCUUCCUGUCCAUGUGCUACAAUAUCUACAGUAUCGCGUACAUCGUCAGGCUUGUGGUGGGCAGGAAAGCUAUCUCAUGUGACUCGGAAGAUGGCCAGGCGUUUCUCAUUCAGCAAGGACUUGAAAAUACGGGCUGCGCAAUUGUGUUUCUGUUCCUGUACUUCUUCGGCAUGGCGAGCUCCAUCUGGUGGGUCAUCCUCACACUCACCUGGUUUCUGUCUGCUGGUCUGAAAUGGGGACACGAAGCAAUAGAAAUGCAUAGCAGCUAUUUCCACCUGGCCACAUGGUCCAUUCCUGCCAUUAAACGAAGUCAUUUUGUUAUGAAGCAGGUUGACGCCGAUGAGUUAACCGGACUGUGUUUUGUAGGCAAUCAAAAUUUAGACGCGCUGACAGGCUUCGUGCUCGCGCCCCUCUUCACCUACCUGGUGGUCGGGACGUCAUUCCUCCUGGCAGGUUUCGUCUCACUCUUCCGCAUCCGAAAUUUCAUGAAAAACGACGGAACCAAAACGGACAAGCUGGAACGCCUCAUGGUGAAGAUCGGAGUGUUCAGUGUCCUGUACACCGUGCCAGCCACAUGUGUCAUCGCCUGCUACUUCUACGAACACUCCAACAGAGAACUGUGGAGGUACUCGUCUGCAAAACCCAACAUUGAACUCUACAUGCUGAAAAUCUUCAUGUCUCUUGUGGUGGGGAUUACAAGCAGCAUGUGGAUUUGGUCCGCCAAAACCGUCAGUUCGUGGGCAAACUGCACAAGAAGACUUUGUAACUCCAAAUCCGGGGAGACGACAUCCAGGCCAAAUGGACUGACAUUGAAGGCGGGGGGAGGCAAAGAGAGUGCGGUAUGAGAUUUUCUCCCAAAUUAUCCGUUUGUCUUUAUGUUCUAACAGAGAACACAAUCUACUUUACCCUGCAGUGAUUGGAUAUGUAUUCAGUUGAGAAUCCCUAGCAACUUGUUGAUUUUUCGGACCUGCAUAUCCAGCAGGGCAAGAUAAACAAACCAGAGGGCGAGCCAUUUCUCAUGUACGUUUUAUCUUCAUCCAAGUCUGUUUCAUAAAACUUGUUCUUUGUAAGCAAUAUACGCUGAUUCCUUCCACCAAUAAUUUGUAAUGUAUAAUCAAAUUAUGUGCCAAAAAAAAUUUGGCCCUCGGAUAAAUAUUUUGUCGAAAACUUAGUACCGGGGCCUGACUUGUACAGAGAUCUUUGAGAGUUGUUUGUA